CUUGAUUUUGUCGCCACCGUGAAUGCUUUUCUUUUGGUGCUUCGGAAUACAGAAACAGUAACCUAGGAAUUAAUAUGUUUAGGAAUUAAAAUAAAAUACACUCGAGAUACCGAUUGUAUAUGAUUACUUUACCAUGCUUAAAACGUCUUACUGGAGGUUAGUGAAGUUCUUUAUCAUUGCAGGUGUACUCACAUUUGUUGUUAAUAUCUUACUGAACAAAAAAGCUCAGCCAAAGACGGAUUUAUCAACACCAAGUCCUCUGUCUCGGGAACUUUACAAGGUGAUUUCCCCAGAGACCUACAAAUACGUUCUCAACCAUGUAUCUGUGUGUAAGGAAAGAAGCCCAUUUCUGGUGCUAAUGGUUCCAGUGGCACCCGUUGAUGGGUUGUCCAGGGAUGCUAUCAGAAAGACAUGGGGCAGACCAGGCCUUAUCUCUAAUGUGGAUAUCCUCACUCUGUUCUAUGUGGGCCUGCCCAAGGAGGGACAAAGCUCCCACAUUCAACAGGACCUGGAGAAGGAGAGCAAAGAACACGCUGACAUCAUCCAAAUGGACUUCCUGGACAGCUACCACAACCUGACCAUCAAGUCCAUGAUGAUCAUGGACUGGCUCGCCACCCACUGUCAGGGUGCCUCUUAUGCGAUGAAGGUGGACACAGACGUUUUCGUCAACGUGUUCUACCUGGUCAAUAAGCUGUUAGUUGAAGGUGGCCCUCUCAGGCAUAAGUACAUCACAGGCUCAGUCAUCAGUGACGGCAGGCCUCGUAGGGAUAGGAAGAGUAAGUGGCAUCUGUCUGAGGACAUUUACCCUGAAGACACGUUCCCCCCAUAUGUCUCUGGAGCAGGGUAUGUCUUCUCUAUUGACCUGGCCAACAGGAUCUCAUGGGCAUCCAGGUUUGUGAGACCCAUUCCCCUGGAGGAUGUCUAUGUGGGGUUGUGUCUCAGGGUACUAGGGGUCCGGCCUGUGUACUCUCAAACGCUGCUUCCUCCCAGGAACUUGUUUGAGAUCAAACGGUUGAAUUAUGAGACGUGUACGUAUGCCACGCGGGUCAUUGUCACUGGAUUUAAACCACAUGAGCUGCUGGACAUUUGGGGUGACUUUCAGAAAAGCCAUCUCACCUGCUGAUGUCUCAAUCCAGUCUUUCUUAUGCACUAAAAGGAAUAACUAGCCCUCAAAUUAAUGUGUAUGUUUCUUUGUUUUCUCCAGUGGUGGAAAAAGUACCCAAUUGUGCUCCUUGAGUAAAAGUCUAAAAGUAUUUGGUUCUAAAUAUACUUAAGUAUUCAAAGUAAAAGU